UGCAAGUGAUUGUCACAGGAUUCGGAGGUGCUUUUAUAAAUAAGUUUUUAAGCAAUUAUUAAAAAAAUAAUGGGACUCACUUGUUUAAUUGAGUGUUUAUAAAAUUCCUGUGAUCCUUUUGGCAACUUUCGGCAUUCUCGAAUCAAAAACCUGAACAAUGAUUUUGGUUAGGAAAAUAAACAAAUAAAAUUAAUCAUCUUUAAUUUUCGAAAUAAAGACUUAAAUUAAAAAAAUGCAGCCACUCAGUACUUCUGGAAUUAUUUUUGGUACAAACAGUAAAAAUUACCUAAAAAUAAUUCGCCAAAUCCGUAGUACUUUUCCAAGAAAUCAAACUGCUGGAAUAAUUAUAAUUGGAGAUGAAAUAUUAAAAGCUCAAGUGAAGGAUACGAAUUCUCAGUUUAUAUGCAAUCUUCUCUAUAAAUGUGGAGUUAGAGUAAAGAAGAUUUCUGUCAUAAGUGACAAUGUUGACGAGGUAGCAAAUGAAAUUCGUGAAUUCUCUGGGAAAUAUACUCAUGUAAUUACUUCUGGAGGAAUUGGACCGACACAUGAUGAUGUUACUUAUGAGGGUCUCGGUAAGGCGUUUGGAAGUCCUCUUCAUUAUCAUCCAAAAUUAGUUGAUAUUGUAAAGAAUAAAUUCGGAGUAGAGAGUGCUUCUUCUCCCGGAUUCAAGUUAGCUUACAUUCCCAAAGAAGCUUCUUUGCAUUUUGGAAAAAACGAAGAAACUGGAAGACCCCUGACUUAUCCUUGCGUGACACUGAAAAAUGUUUUCGUUUUUCCGGGUUCACCAAAUUUCCUCAAAGGAUCUUUCGGAUCCCUGUGCGAAAAACUCUUUCGCACUAGUAAACAUUUUUUUUCGACUCAACUUUAUUUAAAUGCCCGAGAAGAAGUGUUUGCAAAUGCUCUUACAUCCGUUUCUAAAGAAUUUCCUGACGUAACUUUCGGAUCUUAUCCUGAUUUUUCACAUAGUUAUUACAAAGCUCGAGUUACCAUAGAAAGUGAUAAUGAAUUAGAGGCUCAGAAAGCAAGAGAUAAAUUUUGUAGCUUAAUUCCAAACAAUAUUUUAGUUGAUUACGAUCAAUCUCCCUUGGAAAAUGUUGUACAAAAGUUCGAAAGAUUUGUAGAAAAACAAAAAGAACGAAGAAUCUAUGAAGAUUGUUUGAAUAAAAUCGAAUCCAUUUAUCAAGCAGCGGAUAAAGUAGCAAUUUAUUUUGAUAGCAAUGCUGAAUCUAUUGUUUUAACACAUUUAGCGUUUAUUGCGAGUAAGCGAAUUCAAAGAAAUUCAAGCAAAAUAGAACUUCUAUAUUGUCCACAAGGCAAAAUUUCUUCCGCAGAAGAAAAAUUUCUUAAGCAAAUAGUAGAAACGUACGCUGUAAGUCUAGUUUUUCUGAAAGAAUCUCCGCAAGAAGCGAUACAAAAUUUACCACUGACAAGACCGGAUUUAAAUAUAAUUUUAUUUGGGGCAAAAUCAGAAGAGGAGAAAAAAGAAGUGUUCAAAGAAAGUGAAGAAUUGCCACGUGACAUUAAAAUGGAGUCUCCAUUGAUGGGUUGGACAAGCACAAACGUCUGGACCUUCCUGACAUCUCUUUCACUUUCAUACUGUUCAGCUUCUGACAAAAGAUAACUUGAUACAAAUUUUAUCGAAUAAAAUUCACCAACAUAACUCCAUAUUAGGAUUUUAUUUUAAAUUUAUUUCAAGUUAUUGAAAAAGAAUAAGUGAUUUACACCUUAUGACGAAAUGAUAAUUUAAUAUCAAUUUAGUUGGAUGAAAUUCAUCUGCCUAUCUCGAUGUUAGGAUUUAAUUUUUUAUUUGUUUUAAUUUAUUUAUAAAGAAUGAGUUAUGUGCACCUUAUGAAAAAAAGAGAGUUUGAUAUAAAUUUUUUCGAAUGGAAUUUAUCUACCUACCUCAAUACUAGGAUUUCAUUUUUUCAAUAUACUUGAAGAUAUUUAAAAAGAAUUAUUGAGAUACAACUCAUAAAAAAAUUAAUACAAAUUUUGCGAAUGAAAAUCAUCUGCUUACCUUCAGAUUAGGAUUUCAUUUUAAAUUUGGUUU